AUGGAUCAUGUCAAUUGCACCUGGAACUGGACUUUCAUCCUUGCAGGUUUCACUACCUCUGGCACUCUGCAACAGCUUGCAGUCUUUGGGACCCUGUGCAUCUAUCUCCUCACACUUGCAGGGAACGUGUUCAUCAUUGUCUUGGUUCAGUCAGAUUCGGGGCUCUCCACUCCCAUGUACUUCUUUAUCAGUGUCCUCUCCUUCCUGGAAAUCUGGUAUGUCAGCACCACAGUGCCCACCUUGCUUCAUACCCUGCUCCAUGGGCAUUCACCCAUCCCUUCGGCUGCGUGCUUCAUCCAGCUGUAUGUCUUCCACUCCUUGGGCAUGACUGAGUGCUACCUGUUAGGUGUCAUGGCUCUGGACCGCUACCUUGCUAUCUGUCGCCCGCUGCACUACCAUGCACUCAUGAGCAGACAGGUUCAGAGAGAGCUAGUUCUGAUUACAUGGGUGGCUGGCUUCUCAGCUGCCCUGGUGCCUGCAGGUCUCACUGCCACUUUACCCUACUGUUUGAAAGAGGUAGCCCACUAUUUCUGCGACCUGGCACCAGUGAUGCAGUUGGCAUGUGUGGACACUAGCUGGCAUGCUCGGGUUUAUAUUGCAGUGAUUGGCAUGAUCAAUACAUGCAAUCUCGUUUUCAUCUUGGGACUCUACGGAGGUAUUGUGAAAACUGUGCUAAGGCUGCCUUCAGCUGCCAGUCGUGCCAAAGCCUUUUCUACAUGUUCCUCCCAUAUCACUGUAGUGACACUGUUCUUUGGCUCUGCCUUCAUUGUCUAUGUAGGGCCACCAGAGAUUCGAGCUGAGGGCAGAGGCAAGCUUAUUGCUUUGGUAUAUACCUUGUUCACUCCUUUCUUCAACCCUAUCAUUUAUACUCUUCGCAAUAAGGAAGUGAAAGCGGCUUUCAAGAGGGUCACUCAGAGGAUUAAGGGUGUGCUGAGUUGA